CCGCAAUCCCCGCAUCAUCGCACGGGGCCCUUUCCAAUCUAUCCCUGUGUAAUCAGUUUGCCUUUCCUUCCUCUUACCAUCGUUUGCUACCAAAAGCGGUCCAAUUAUCCCAGACCCACAUCAUAUCGGUGGAAGGUGGUGCUAUAUAUACAAGCCGGAAGGCGCGCACGGAAACAAACGGACCUGCCGUGCUCGUUGCGUUCGUUGUAGAGUACUGCCACCAGCUUCCACCGACGACGACGUACGCUUCCAUGGCUUCCUCUGCAGCACCCAGUCUCUUCCUCCUGGCCGUGGCGUUCCUCGCCCUCCCGGCGCCCCGCGUGGACGCGUGGGGUGGCCGCUUCUUCUUCAGCAAGAUGGCGCCCCCCGAAGCCGUCGAGGCCGACCACGCGCCGGCCACCACCGUGGCAACAGAAGCGUUCGACCCCCACGCCAACAGCGCGCCGGCAUUCCCGUCCCGGCCUUCCAGCAACAGCAACAACCGCGGCUACGGCCUCUACGGGCGCCCAGAGGAGGAUGAGGAAGAGAACUACCCGCCGGCCUACUUCCGCCGCGGCGUGCACCACGACGCCGAGAAGCUUACCACCACGACCAACGUGGUGCCGCACGAGAAGGAGGCCGCCGCGGGGCGAGAAACAGAAUCAUCGGGCGAAGGCGAGGAAACGAGCACCGGGCCGUUGUUCCCGGAGGACGGCAGCGGCAGGGGCCGGCCGCUGUCGUACGUGCGCGCCCGGCGGGGGGGAGGCAACAAGCACGGGCGCGACGACUACGGGAUGAGCGACACGAGGCUGUACGAGAACGGCCGGUACUACUACGACGUGGCCACCGACAAGUACGGCUACGGCUACGAGUCCAACCCGGUGCGGACGCCGCGCCCCGUUCAGGACAACGGCUCGGGCUACGGCCGCGAUCCCCGCCGGUCCGGGAGGUAUGCAGGCGACAAUGCGGCUGCUGGAUCAUACGAGAGCAGGAACCGCGACGGGUUCGGCGCCGGUGGGAAUGGGAUGGCGGAGAAGCAGAGCAACGACGACGGCUUCCAGAGAAACCAGAAUGGACAGUACAUUCCAUGAGUGGGACGAGGCAUGCAUGCGCAUGUUUAAGCUUGCGAUCAUCAAACAUAUUACGCGAUAUAUUUGCUUGUUAAGAUAUGUAACACCACUGUAGUCUACUACUACGUUGCUCCUUGUGUAUGCUGCAAGCUAGCUAGUACACUUCGUUCGUUACCCCUGCUUAAAGUCUGAGCUAGCUGCCAAUUAAUGUGGAAUGGCGAUGGAACGUACGUACGGAUUACAAAUAAUUUGUGUGGAAUGUACUAUACUACAGUGUUGUUAGCAAAUGUUUCUGUUCA